AUGGUCCACGAGCGCUGGAAGACCGUGGGCGGCGCGUCCCAACUUGAGGACCGACCGCGCGACAAACCGCAGCGACCAAGCUGCAGCUACGUGCUGUGCACGGUGCUCCUGUCCCUUGCAGUACUUCUGGCCGUGGCUGUCACCGGCGCGGUUCUCUUCCUGAACCAUGCCCAUGCCCCGGGCACGGCCCCCCCACCCAUCGUCAGCACAGGGUCUGCGGGGGCCAACAGUGCCCUGGUCACCGUGGAGAGGGCCGACAGCUCCCACCUCAGCCUCCUCAUCGACCCCCGCUGCCCUGACCUCACUGACAGCUUCGCCCGCCUGGAGGGUCUGCAGACCUCCAUGCUGCGGGCACUGAGUGAGCAGCAGGCACAGCCGAGGCUGGAUGGUGCCCCCGAGCUGCUGGACGCACUGGCUGACCAGCUGCCCCGGCUGCUGGCCCGGGCCUCUGAGCUGCAAGCUGAGUGUGCUGGGCUGCGCAAGGGACACAGCAUGCUGAGCCAGGGCCUCAGCACCCUGCAGAGCGAACAGGGCCGCCUCAUCCAGCUUAUUUCUGAGAGCCAAGGCCACGUGGCUCACCUGGUGAACUCCGUCAGUGAUGUCCUGGAGGCUCUGCAGAGGGAGCGGGGGCUGGGCCGGCCCCGCGUCAAGGCUGACCUUCAAAGGGCCCCUUCCAGAGGAGCCCGGCCCAGAGGCUGCGCUAAUGGCUCUAGGCCCCGGGACUGCCUGGAUGUUCUCUUGAGUGGACAGCAGGAUGAUGGUGUCUACUCGGUCUUCCCCACUCACUACCCAGCUGGCUUCCAGGUCUACUGUGACAUGCGUACUGACGGCGGAGGCUGGACGGUGUUUCAGCGCCGGGAGGACGGCUCUGUGAACUUCUUCCGAGGCUGGGAGGCAUACCGGGAGGGCUUUGGCAAGCUCACAGGGGAGCACUGGCUGGGGCUCAAGCGGAUCCACGCCCUGACCACGCAAGCAGCCUAUGAGCUUCACGUGGACCUGGAAGACUUCGACAAUGGCACUGCCUAUGCCCACUAUGGGAGCUUUGGCGUGGGCUUGUUCUCGGUGGACCCCGAGGAGGAUGGGUACCCACUCACGGUGGCCGACUACUCGGGCACUGCAGGUGACUCCCUCCUAAAGCACAGUGGGAUGAGAUUCACCACCAAGGACCGGGACAGCGACCACUCGGACAACAACUGCGCUGCCUUCUACCGAGGAGCCUGGUGGUACCGCAACUGCCACACAUCCAACCUCAACGGCCAGUACCUGCGUGGUCCUCAUGCCUCCUAUGCUGACGGCGUCGAGUGGUCCUCCUGGACUGGUUGGCAGUAUUCACUCAAGUUCUCGGAGAUGAAGAUCCGGCCGGUCCGAGAGGACCGCUAGACUGGCACACUGCCCAUCACUCGUGUCCUCUGGUUAUGUCCAGUCCCCACACAUCUCACCCCAUGCCCGCUCCAUGCCCGCUGUUGCAAGAACAUUCUCUGCCCACCUGUGCAUGGCUGACCUGCCCUUCUUUAGGGGUGGCUUAGGGCAGCUCCCGGAGCCAGUCACAACCCCUUUGCAACUAGGUCCCUAUUUAUCAGCUGACAUGAUCUCGUUUCUACCAGUGGGACUGGCACCUGGCAACCCCAAACCCCACUUGCCCCAACUUUGGUCCCCAUGCUGUGUCUGCUGCCUCCUGGCAGGGCAGCAACCCCCCACUUUUCCUGGCUUUGUGAGAACAUCGAGAG